UUUUAAGUUUUCAUAUUAUAAUAGUAAUUGACCAGGAAAUUUUACAUUCACGUCGGUAAAUAAUAUGAAUAAGUUGAAAAACAAGGUACAUUACGAAUCUCCUUGUGAUUCUGACAAUGAUUGGACCGAUUCUACCGGCGACUCAAAAUACUCCGAUUCGGAUAGUUCGGUUCCAGAAUGAGAUUCUGACGUAGGUGAAGAUGGGGAGUUAGUUUUCAUAAAAGAUGUGAAUACUCCACUUUUGGAAAAUUUCGAAACUUUUAAGUUAAGAAGUGACUUCAAGAGGGCUUCAACGCGAAGGUCCACUAAAGGUAGAAUUUUCAAAGCUUUAAAAAACCGCAAGGCAAAAUAUGACAAUGCAAGUAGCAAAAUUAAUGAAUUGGAAAGUUCAGUUACUAAAUAUUCUUUAGAAGAUAAUAAUAAAAUUGUUAUCAUACAGGUUAGCAAGAAUAUGAUAUUUAACAGUGAAAAGAACUGCCAAAUAGAGAAAUUAUUUGGUAUGAGUUUAGAAACUCAUAUGGACGGAAAGACAUUAAUUGUUGCAAAUUUCUUAACAGAAGCUAAAGCAAUAUACAUUCCACGAGUCAAAAGUUUGUAGCUUGUCAUGCCGUGACUCCACCUUUGGAAGUGAAAAUACAAGUAGAUGAUGCAAUAACAGAGUUAGAAGCGGCUGAUUAUCGUGAAUGGGUUAGUAUUGUAUAAAUUCAAAUGCAAAUUUAAUUAAUUGUAGAUUGUAAUCAUCAAAUACAUGAAGUAGGUUAAGUGCCAUCAUAUUUUGGUCCUCUUUCUCUUCUCACCCUUUUCGGAAGUGUGUUUUGUGUAGAAAAAAGUAGGGUAAAUUUGUUGUUCUGUGUAAUUUCCUUUAGCAGUUGUCUUCCAUUGUACAUUUUAAAGCUUCGAUAUUUUGUUAUAAUUUUUUUGUCUGUUAUGAACUUUUUUCUUUAAAUUUUCAGACAGAUGAUGUUGAUGUUGAUGUUUAAAUUUUCAAAGGUUGUACACUGUAAUCGGAGCAUGUCUAUACUAUUCUGGACACUUGUUAAGUUCACAUCUACGUGAUGAAGACUUAGUAGAAGUUAAUGCGUAUUUAAAAUUUAACAGUAUAUUAAGGCUUAGCACUGAAAAGGAGUUGGACAAACUUGUUAUGUGGAAGGAAGUUUUUAUCAAAGAACAUAGAGGUCAGAAUAAAAACGACAGAAAUGAGAAUAGAUGGGCGUUGGUUUCUUUUGAUCGUUGGUAAGGGUCAUUUUAUAUUAGCCACCCUUAUGGAAGCAGGUGGAUGUACAGAAGAUGCGAUAGAUGUAACAUCCCUAUCUCCAUUUUACGUGGAGGAAUGUGAAAGCUGUUUGGAACUGCUUUACGAAGUGGGACUGCAUAAAUAUUUGACUACCUGGUUCUCAUCAAACACAUUACCACAGGUUGAAACAACUCCUGAAUACUUGACAAAGUAUGGCAGGAAAAUGAGGGAUUCUCUAAAAUCGGACAACUUUAGGAGCACUACACUGAAAUUAUCUAAAUCUCAGCCGGAUUUAAAGCGACGACAUAACUCGUCUGAUCAAAUUAACUCAGUAAUUAGUUCAAGUGAUAAUCCUAUUAACAACUAUCAUAGUAUGAGUCAUCAUAGCCUUUACAAUCAAUGGUAUAACGGCUCACAGAAGAAUUACAGACAUUCAAGUAAUUUAGACAUCAGUUAUUCGGAAGAUUCUAAUAGCUUGAAGAGCAACAGUGAAAUAACCGAGGAGCGUGUGACCGGGCGGCGAGCGGACAGAGAACAGAAAGGUCGCCGUGACUCCUCUGGAUCUGAUUCUGACUGGGACAGACAGGAUGGGAGUAGAACUAGCGGGAAUAUUGAUAUGACAGAUAUAAGAAAAAGUUUAUUAAAUGAACUCAAUCAUGUGACUGUCCACAGAAUAACAGCCGGUGAAGAGAAUGUCCUAUUUCAUUUUGUACAACUGGAAUCGGAGAAAGGAUUUUUGAUAGCGCCAAUGAAAACUAUCGAAAUGCAAGCGAACAAUGUUUUAUAUUCUUACAUUGUUGCUACUUUUAGGAAGGCUUGUAAGAAGAUACAUGAUUUACUGCAAUAUAGUAUGAAAUUUAAAAAGAACCAUGCGCCAUCAAAUCCGUUAAAUAAAAUCCUAGUGGCAGUCGGAGAGUAUGGCAGCUUGUUUGAAGUACCUCCUGAUGUUCUCAUUCAGUGUGGCAUCAAUAAAAAAAAUUGUGAACCCUUUCUGUUUUGGGUUGUCGGGCGAGUUUUCAGUGAACCAGAACCAAGAGAACUAAACAUAUGGUAUCACGAAUCUGUUCCCCAGGAUCUUACAGAAGUGGCUCAAUUAUUAUCUUAUUUAGAGUAACGUAAUCAUGAUCAAAUAUCCUUGUGCAGAUUAAAAGUUAAAUUAUCUCAAUCCCAUAUUAAAAAAAGUUGACCUAAUUAAUCUUACAAAUAUGAUAUGUGAUAUAUUCCGUCGAAUAAAGCGUUGUUUAUAAGAUGUAUACAAUAAUGAGUGACAUUUUA